AUGAUCUCAAACAGGGAACUUAUCACCCCAAUUAUCCAUCUCAUCUGCCUUGCUAUAUCAAGGAGUGCCGAAGGCGUGAAGGAGCCUCCGGUCGAAGAUCCAGAACCUCUGAGUCCUGUUGAACGACGCUCCUCGCCUCUUAACCUCGAGACAAACUUCAUCCUGGAGGGUUUCGGUGACUUCAGGCCCAUCGAAAUGGAUUUUGAGAUCGACAUCAGCAUCAACAUGUCAUGGAGCCUGAGGAAAGCGGUCUGUGAGUUAUAUGAGCAGGCGUUAAUGCACGAUGGGGUGAAUACUAGCGCCGAUGGGACGUUAGUUAUUCCACCGAGGAGAUUGACGAAAAACAUCUACUGGCUCCCCGACCUUCUCCUGGUCGAGGCGAAGUCGGCAGAAAUGUCGUCCGAUAUGAUCUACACGAUAAACGGUAAAUUCAAAAGACGUCGAGAUUGCUCUCAGAGCGAGAUGAUCGUUCUGUCUAAGCAGAAACUAGUUCUGGCCUGCCAGCUCGACCUCAGUAAGUUUCCCUUCGACAUACACACCUGCCCUCUGACACUGCGGAGCUUCUCACACAACAACGGCACGAUACGGAUGAAGAAAUCUACCCGAGUACCUGUUUUGAGGUUUGGCAACAAUCGUCUGCAAGAGUUUUCCUUCAGAGCUGAAGUCACAGAAAUCGAGAACGAUCUCAGCUGGUUCGACCCGACCACUCCGUACAGUAGCUUGAGGAUAGAAAUUUCCUUCAAGAGAAAAAUGCUCAAUGUCGUUCUGACAGCUUUCUUGCCGUGCUCAACAAUCGUGAUGGUAUCGAUGCUCGCGUAUCUGAUGGAUGUCAACGCAACCUACGAGAGAGUAGUUCUAACGAUGACCACGUCGCUCUCGCAGUACACGCUCCUGACGACGGUCCGAUCGUUCUUACCGCCCACCUCAUAUCUAACCCGCUGCGAUGUGUUCAUGUACGUUUCUCUGUUCUUCAAUCUAGCCAUGGUAAUCGAGUGUGCGACGAUCGAUAAAAUCAAUACUCACGAGAAGGAGAUUCUUCUCACCAAACCAGAACAGAUAGGCUUCGAAUACGUCAGCCCAACGCCGCGAAAUGCGAAAAAUCGCGAUAGCUCCGCUGGCGAGGAUUCUGAUUAUAUCGAUGUAGAUACCGCCCGUUCUGAUGGAGUUGGAGUAUCUUCAGGGCUCCGCGUGAGCCUGAAUAGCUUGAGACGGAUAACGCCGAAUGCGGCACUGAAAUUACCGGCGCCCUCAGCUACUCGAGCGAAAAGGAAAAAUCGAUCGAAUCGCGUCAGUCCAGCCCCGAGACUCAUCACACCGUGGUCCAACACGAGAAGUGAUUCGGCUAUCUCUUUGCGUAACGCUGUCUGUCCGGAUCACUUGUUCCGGAACAUAAUAGGACCAAGAGCCGAGCGCGUAGAUAAGAUCUUCAAGAUGGUUCUGUCGCUAGCUUACCUCGGAUUCCAAGCGUGCUUUUGGGCAGCACAUUUAGAUUUCUUGACAGGGGUCCAAAUGAUUUCGAGGAACAAUUUCAAUCAACUCUGA